AUGCACGCGACGACCACUUCCCUGCUGUUCCUGCUGCUCGCCUUGCUGGUGCGGCCAAGCCGGCAGGCUCCUUCUGCUCCCCGACUAGUCCGCGGCACCGGAUGCAGAUGCAGCACGACGGCCGCGGCGGCGUCGUCGCCGUCGUCAUCGUCGUCGUCCUCGGUCGGUCAGCAGAACCACCACGUCUUCUGGCUGCAGCCGCCGCCGAUGGAGAACCCGGGCGACACUUGCGCGCGGCUGGCGGCCGAACUCGGGCACUGGCUCGACUGGAUCGACGGCCGCACCAACCUGCAGGUCGCGUGGCAGAUGUACGACGACGUUGUCCAGAACCGCCGGCGGCGUGGCGGCGACGGCGGGCCCGGCGCGGAUGAAGCAGCAGCAGCACCGGGGAAGGCGCCGCCUCCUCGCCGGGCGGGAGACGGCAGCGACGAUGUGAAGUGCGAUAUUGAGGGCAUGAGCGAGACGGACGACGGCGGGGACGACGACGUCACGGCGUGGCAGAUGGUGGCGGUCAAGGUGGGGCUGGGGCUGAUACUGGUGGUGGUGGUGUUCGAGUCCGUGACGGCGAUAUGGAGGUGA